CUUUUUUCUUUUUUCUUUAAAAAAAACAAAUCUCUUUUUCUGAAGAGACAUAUGGACAAAUUGCCAUUGGAAGAAAGGAAUGGGUUCUUUGAUCUAUCCGUAACUCAAGAAUCCGACCAUGCUCCUCCUCCAUUACCUUUAUCACAACUCUUUGAAGAACCAUCACCUCUAGAUAAAGAAAACGAUACCCAAAAUGACAUUCCUCAAAUACAAAUAGAACAACCCAAAGGUCAUGUCACUUUUCGAGUCAAUGAAGAUCAAGCAUCAAUGAAACGACAAGAAGAUUCACCCACUUUAACGAUACCAGCUUCUCCUUCUUAUCAACAACGUUUAUUGGACUAUCUUCACAAAAAAUUCCCAAGUCGCAUUGUUCGUCGUGUACUCAAAUGUACUCUCGCUUACUUUUUAACCACUCUUUUCAGUUUGAUUCAUCCUCUCACCAUUGCUAUUGGAACUGCCGCUUUUUUAACUACUUCUGGUAGUGUAUUUAAUCAUCCUGGGCGAAGUAUGGGAGCUCAAAUUGAUGCAACAGUUACUUCAGUAUUAGGAAUCAUUUUGGCAGUAUUAUGGGCAUUUGCAGCUCUUGGUGCUGGAUCAUCAUACAAUCAAACCCAUCUAGAAACUCAUUAUGAAGAUCCUGUAGGCAAAGUGAUUCCUGGUCUUUUUCUUUUUAUCGGUGUCUUCUUGGCUCAAAUGUUACGACAAGUUUUACCAAAAUUCUACUUUUUUUCUCUUCAAUUUAUGAUUGUUCAAAUCUUUUCCAUGACUCGCGGAGUAUUUGAAACAUCCAUGAAUUGGCAAUUACCCCUUACCUUUGGUCUACCUCUUUUGAUUGGUGCUACUAUUUCUUUGGUGGUUAAUUUAGUGGUCUGGCCUGAAACUGCUGUGGAUGGUCUAGGUCGAGCUUUACAAGAAACUAUCAAGGCUAGUCAAAACAUGCUUCAAAUGAUUACACAACAGUUCUUUCUGGACCCCCAAUCGGAAAUGCUUCCGGAAGAUGAUGUAAAUGCACUGGCGGCUAGCAUGCGUCUCGGGAUGACCAAAGUCAAAGGUGCUUAUCGGGAAGCAAAAUAUGAAGUGUCCUAUGCUUAUGUUCGACCUCAAGAAAUGGGUGAUAUUCGAAAAACAUUGGAUCGAUUAACAAAACAUCUUGGUAUCUUGGGUGGUUGUCUUAAAACGGAACGUGAAUUGUUUGAAGGUGCUUUAGAAGCUUUGGAAAGAGAAUAUAGUGAUGAUGAAGAUUCUGAUGAUGAUGCUGAUGAUGACAACAAUGAUUCUGCAACUGAUGAUGAACACGAGGUGAAUCAUGGCUCACAAAAACAACGCUCUCUUCCAUCUAGUAGACAUACAUACUCCGGUCUUGAUGCUGAUUUGCUUCGUGCAGCUUUACGAGCUACCAAUGAUUUUACUCAACCAGGUGCAAGAUAUUCUGCAUCUGCCAACACCAGUCCUCGAUCUUCACGUGGUCCAUCUCGUGCUACUUCUCGUGCAACAUCAAGAACAACAUCUCGGAGAAACUCUAUGGAUGAAGAUUAUACAGAAGAAAAUCAAAAAUCUAUUGCAUCCAUCAAAUCUUUUCUCAGUCUACCCAAGAAGAAAGUCUCUACAAACAAUAAGUUACCACGGAAAUGCAAAAAGAAAGUCAAUUUUAGUGAUCGACAUCUAUUGAUGAUUUACUUGGAAAGUCUUCGGGAUCCUUUGAUGAUUUUGGCAAUGAAAUGUACGCAAGUCUUGGCCUGCGCUGGUACAAGUGUAACUACUGAAUUGGAUCUGGAUGAUGAAGACGAUACAUCUAUACGGAAAACUUGGCUGACUUAUCUUCGACAUCUUUUUAAGCUUAAGAAAAAAACAACGGGUGGUGAAGGUAACAAGGUAUCGGCAUCCUCGACGGAAGACAAUGAUCACGGAAAAUGUCAACCGGAAACACAUCAAUGUCAUUGCGCAAGCACGAUGCAGAGUGCGGUCAAGGAAUUUGACAUCUCGGAACGUAAAUGUAUGGACAAUCUUUAUCGUUACAAAGAAGAACAGUUGAAAGCUGGCGGUGGUACUCUGGAUCUGGGGAUGAGGGAGGAACUCUUUUUGGUCUUUUUUUUUAUGUUUACCUUACGUGAAGCUGCAAAUGAACUGGAAACCUUAUCGAAAGAACUGGAUACAUUACGACAAUAUUCAAAGAAACGUAUGGUCAAUGGAAAACGAAGGAAACAUCUGUACAUGCCUCAAAUGACUCAAAAAUGGUGGAAGAAAUGGGCUCAUUGGAAUAAUCAUCAAAGUACAAAAGACAAAGGUGGUCAAUCUUUUGCGUCCUUGACACAACAUAUGCCUGAUGAACAUCAACCAGCAGAGAUGGAAGAAGAAUAUCGAUUGACCAGAUUAUCCACGACAGCUUCUAUUAAACGUGAACUUUCGAGAAGACCCAGUCAUGUACCUCUCUCUUCAUCACCUAAUGGUAGUAUUAUAUCCUUGACAAGAACACCCACCAAUAGAUCCUCUCAUCGAAGGCAGCCAUCCAAAAGUGAACAACAACAACAACAACAUUUUAUGUCAGAAAUCAGUCGACAGAAAACAUUGGAAUAUGAUAUCUUCAAUAUGGCAGAAGAAGGCAAAAAGCAAGAAGAUACAAAGAAAGAAAAACCUCCUUUAUCUUUACGACUACGCUAUUCAUUAUGGAAGGCUCUUCAAUAUACAAAACGAUACGAAUUCAAGUUUAGUUUGAAAAUGGCCGUGGCUGUCUUGGUACUAUGUAUGCCAGCCUUCUUUCCUUCUUCAUCGGCAUGGUAUCAAAGUGUACGUGGUCAAUGGUCUGGAAUGACAGUGAUUGCUAUUAUGAAUCCAACAAGUGGUGGUACUUUACAAGCUAGUUUUUGGCGAAUUGUUGGAACUCUUGUAGGUGCAUUGAUGGGAUGGGCUGCUUUAGAAGCCGGUGGUGGAUCUCCUUAUGUUCUGGCUGUAUUUGCUGUAUUAUUAGCUAUUCCUUUCUACUAUCUUCAUUUGGGAAGUACUUAUAAUAAGGUCGGUACUGUGGUUUUGAUUGCCUAUAUGGUGGUUGCACUCAGUCGAUAUGCUUAUCCUGUACCUGGAGAAAGUAUUGCUUCCACAGUUUGGAAACGAGUGUUGACAAUGAUUGUUGGUAUUGUGGUUGCUCUUCUAUUGAAUUCUGUUGUUUGGCCAUUUGUAGCAAGACAAGCAGUAAGAAAAUCCAUUCCUGGUGUGCUUAAUGAAUUGGCGGACUACUUUACUUUUUUGAUGGGGACAUUUCUAUAUCAUUUACCAGAAACACCACCUUCAUUGGAUGACAUCAAACGUAGUAUCAAGAUGGAAAAUAAAAUUCAAGAAUCCAUUGAUGCUUGUAAUAGACUUUUGGAUCUGACAGACAAUGAACCUCGUAUGCGUGGACCCUUCCCAAAAUCAUUUUACAAGGCAAUGACUAAUACUAUGCAAGAAUUAUUGGAUCGAAUGGCUAGUAUUCGUGUUGCUUUAUUUAAAAUGUCUCCUGUGGUCAAAAAAAAUAUUUGUCAACAUGAAUAUUAUGUUUUUCGACGUGAUAUGAUUGCUUCUGUUUUGUUACAUUUCUUUACCUUAUCAUCUGCAUUACGCUCCAAGACACCUUUACCAAUCUAUAUGCCAUCAGCUCGUUCAGCAAGAAUGCGAUUAUUAGCCAAUCAACAAAAGACGAAUGAUGGUGAACGAUUUGUCAAUUUCCGUAACUUGACCUGGUUUGCUGUUGCCUGCUGUACCGAGGAAAUCAUUGGCCAAUUGGAACAUUUGACGGAUUUGGUUCGAUUCAUUGUGGGUGAUGCUAAGUAUGCUGAACAAGCAAGAAGAAUGGAUUCCAUUUUAUCAUGAAAUUUAUGUAAUUGUAUUUUAUUUAUUACUUAUUAUUAUUAUUAUUAUUAUUACUUAUUAUUAUUGUGUUCAAUAAAGAAAUUG